AUGAAGUACAGAGGCACCAUUAACGAUUUGCAUUUGCUCUGUGAUAAGAUCUUCACCUCCCAUCUCUCUAACCAUCAACAAUGUCGAACAAUCACAAAAGUCCGAUUGAAAUGGGUGAAAAACCGAUCCCUAGACAACAUAAUCGACAUCCACACCGAUCUCAAAGCCGCCUGUUUACUCAAAGACGCCAUCAUCCACCGCCCUUCCGCCACCCAAUUCCUUACCGCGAAAUCCAUCGCCGACACCCAAAAACUCCUCGGAAUCACCGUACCUACCCUCCGUUUCAUCCGCCGCUACCCUACUCUCUUCGAAGAAUUCCCACACCCUAAGUACCCUUCCCUCCCCUGUUUCCGCCUCACCAACAUUGCCCUAAAUUUACACAACAUUGAACGCAAAAUCUAUGAAACUCACGAAUCAGACAUAGUUGAAAGGCUAUGUAGAGUGUUAAUGAUGACCAGAGAUAAACAAAUACCUCUUCAAUCGCUUCAUCCGUUAAGAUGGGAUUUAGGUUUUCCGUAUGAUUACGAUAAAACCCUAAUCCAGAACCACCCUGACAAAUUCCGAAUUGUGAAGGGAUCAAACGGGGUAUCAAGCUUGAAACUUGAGAAAUGGAUCGAUGAAUUUGCUGUUUCCGAGCUUCAAAAGAGCAACGAGAUCAAGGAAGCUAAAGCUAACAACAAUGAUGGUGAUCAUGAUCAUUACAGGAGAUUUAUGAGAGGGCAAACUUCAUUAACAUUUCCAUUAAGCUUUCCUAGAGGUUAUGGUGCACAAAAGAAGGUGAAAUCAUGGAUGGAUGAGUUUCAAAAGCUGCCAUAUAUAUCUCCAUAUGAGGAUUCAACCAGCAUCGAUCCAGAAAGUGAGUUAAUGGAGAAAAGAAUCGUUGGGGUUUUACAUGAGUUGUUGAGCUUGACUGUUUACAAGAAAACCAAAAGGAAUUACUUGAGGAAUUUGACAGAUGAAUUGAAUAUGCCAUUUAGGUUUACAAGAAUCUUUACAAGGUACCCUGGGAUUUUCUAUCUUUCAUUGAAGUGUAAGACUACUUCUGUAGCUCUUAAGGAAGGGUAUAAAAGAGGAAAAUUGGUGUAUGCAUGUCCGAUUGCAAAGCAUAGAGGGAAGUUUCAUCAUGUUAUGAGGAUUGGAUUGAUUUACAGGAAGAAAGGGCUGGAGAUGUUAUCUGAUUUGGAUAAAUUUGUUGCUGCUGAUGAUGAUGAUGAUGCGAUUGGGACUAAUGAAAAAGAUUCAGAUGAUGAAGAGAUUGAAUCGAGUGGUGAAUGGGUUGAAGAUGAAGAUGAAGAUGAAGAGUUGGAUGAUGUUUCUGAUCAAGAUUAG